AUGGAUACGCUUGAAACUUCUGAUGCGGCGGUUGCCCCAGCAGCGGCUGCAGCAGCAGCAUCAACAGAGGCUGAUGUGGGCGAGGACACAAAAGUGAAGGAGACUGCAACCUUGAGAAAAAAGUAUCCCGUCUGGCGUCAAGUUUUCCUUAGGCGGGCACGGAUUAAACAUUUGCUGCAGCAUGAGUGGUUCGCUGCUGUAUGCACAGCUCAUGCUGCAGCGCUUGAGGAGAAUCGACGGUUACUGGCGAACCACGCUUCUGUCUUGGCUGUCCGAGCUGCUGCUGCAGCACAUGGGGGAGCAGUAUCCACUGCAAGAACUGGCUCUCUGCCGACAGAUCAACGGCUGCUGCUGCAGGCAACCCAAGACACAGUAGCAUUGAGGCAGCAGGUCAGAACUAUACAGGCGGCAGCAGCAGCAACACAGCGGCAGUAUGAAAAGCAUCAACGGCACAUAGAGGCCGAGCUUUUACUGUUGCAGCAGAAGGUGCAGCAGCAGCAGCAACUUCUUGCGGAGAAAGACCGAGAUUUACUGCAGCAGCAGCGGCUACUGAGGGAAAAGGAGGAGGAGGUGGCAGAGAAGGAGGCCCAAACAGCGGCAGCGCGCAGGACUUGCUUGCUUCUAGUUCAGCAGCAGCAGCAACAGCAGCAGGCUGUGCAGCAAGCGCAGCAGGAAGCUGCAUCAAAGGCCUUGGAGAUUGAGGGAUACCUUCGCGAGCUGCUGCGAUACAAGCAAGCCGAAGCAGCUUCACUCGAGCUCUUACAACAGAAGAUCCAUGCAGUGCCACCAGCAGAUACUGACAGUGUAGCUGCUUUCGCACCUACUGUUGCAGACCCAUUGGGUAACCCUGGAACUGCUACUGCGUGCACCAGGCAGCAGCAACUUCUUUAUGCGGAAGCAUCGCGGGCUGCAGCCCCUUCUCGUGCUGCCUCCGCCUCAUCUACAGAUAAAGAGGCCGUUGCAGGCACUUUGGGAGCAGAGGCUUGUGCUGCAGCGCCUUGCAGCAGGAGCAACAACGGCAGCGACUAA